AGAAUGCACUGAGUGUGAGAGUCCUGGUUGUUCCAGUGAAGAUAAAAGAAAGGGCUUUAUUCUUCAGGAGGACAUCGUACACCAACAAGAACAGUGGGAGGAAAGAAAAUCAAUCAUAUCCCCCACCCCCGCGCAAUCCCUCUGUCUCCCCUCACCCCCACAGACAAGGAACAGGAGGUUCCCUCGGCUCUGAGUGGAUCACCAUGCCAGAAUGGGCACAGAUUAGCAGCGGACAGCAGAACAGCGACCGAGGUGCCUCCAGACCGUGCUCGGCCUCGUCCCUGACCCUGAUGGCAGUGGCAGUGGUGGAUGGGGUAUCAGUUGCUCCCAUCUCGGGCAGCUGUACGUCUGUGAACACGGUUUGUUCGGAUAGUGACCACCCGAUCAGCCUCAGCUCCUCCACUUCCUCGGCGUCGCUGCAGGAUGGGCACAGCUCAUUUGGCAGCAACGGGACCCUGGUACCAAGCGCAGGCAGUUUCAGUUACCCCUCUGUGCUCGGCAGCGACAUCAGCCUGGACCUAACGCCGGUUAGCCAUGCCAAGGCUCCCUCGGGCGAGGGGGACGGCAGGCCCGGGAACCUGAUGAUGGAAGCUCCCCGGGGAACGGACUGUCACAGUGUUCCCUGGUCCCCUCCUCCCAGCGCCACGUCCCAACUAAAGGAGCCCCUUGUGAAGCUGUCUCAUGUGGACAGGGUGGUGAAGGAGAUCAUUGAAACUGAACGGGCGUUCGUUCGGGAUUUGAAGAGCAUCGUGGAGGAUUACCUGGGCUGUAUCAUCGAUGCUGAAGAGCUUCCGUUACAACCUGAUGAAGUGAACACUUUGUUCUGCAACAUCGAAGACAUCUACCAGUUUAACAGCGAGCUGCUGGUGGACCUGGAGACCUGCAAAGACGCUGUCGCGGUGGCAGAAUGCUUUGUCGAACGGAGUGAAGAGUUUGAUAUUUACACGUUGUACUGCAUGAACUACCCCAACUCUGUGUCUGUCCUGAGAGAAUGCAUGAAGAAUGGAACCCUUGCCAAGUUCUUCAGAGAACGUCAGACAUCCCUUUCACAUUCGUUGCCGCUGGAAACGUACCUUUUAAAGCCAGUUCAAAGGAUCCUCAAGUACCACCUCUUACUGCAGGAAUUGGCCAAACACUUUGAUAAAAGUGCGGAGGGGUACGAGAUGGUGAAAGAAGCGAUAAUCACCAUGACAGCCGUGGCCUGGUACAUCAAUGACAUGAAGAGGAAACAAGAACAAGCAGUAAGGUUACAGGAGAUUCAGAACUCGCUGUUGCACUGGAAGGGCCCGGACCUGAUAGCGUUUGGGGAGCUGGUCCUGGAAGGAACAUUCCGGGUGCAGAGAGCCAAGAAGGAGCGAACCCUCUUCCUGUUCGACAGAAUGCUGCUGAUCACCAAGAGACGGGUGGAGCAGUACAGCUACAUCCUGCACAUCUUUUGCUGUAAUUUGACAUUAUCGGAGAACCUGAAGGAUCAGCUGAGCUUCCGAGUGACGGAUCUGACCAUCCCAAAACGACAGCACACUUUCCAGGCGAAGAACCAAGAGGAGAAGAGAUUGUGGAUCCAUUACCUAAAACGAUUGAUCAUUGAGAAUCAUCCAGCCUCCAUCCCACAGAAGGCAAAACAGGUCCUGCUGGAAAACGAUUCUCACCACGCUCAAGAGAUGCAGAUCAGCCCUGAUUCGUUCCAGAGAGUGCCAUCUUCUCCCGGUUUCGAUGACAGCUUGCCAUUCCAGCGAGGGCGUAGGCAAUCAGAACCUCCAGCCUUCAUUUACACCCCAGAGAGAGCAAAGAAAGUAUUCCCCCUAUUGAACAUGGAUACCCCUCUCACACUGCGACGAGGCAGGAGACAGUCUGAACCAAGCAAGCAGAUCCAGGCAGUGAUUGAUCAGAGUGUAUACGGGCAGUGAGGACGAUCACUCUCCAACAUGGAGACGCUCAGUUUACUGGGCAGUGCCACUACACUGGCAUCUAGCGUGGUGGAGCUGGAGGUUGGUGCGGAAGCCAAGCCUGGAGAGUCGGGUUCACCAGAAACGCCUCAUCGCCCACCCAGAGACGAGGCCUCCUCGGAGCGAAUAGCCCAGAGCGCUACAGAGAAGCAGGAGGAUGCUGAAGAGUACGAAGAAGGCCCGGAAUUUUGCGGCAUCGGCAACAUCGAUCUGGAGAUGGAACAGGCACAGAUAUUUGCGAACAUGGAGCUGUUGCAGAAGAAAACAUCUGAAGAUCUGGAUGCCAUUGUAGAGGAGCCCACGUUUCAACUCCGAACGGUAAAUGGGGAUGACUCUCUGCUGGAUGUUUAUGAAGAUGCAGAUGUCGACGUGUCCGAGAUUUCGCUGCUAGACAUGGCCUAUGUCAAUGGAACAGAGGGAUGUGAAACCAACACCAGUGAGUCCUCCGAAGACAAUGACCUCCAGAGACAAAGACAGAAUGUGGACAAUUUGGAAUCGCUGGGCGAGAUGGACCAAGUUGGCCAGGACUCUCAAGAUGUUGGCUCGUUUGCCAAUGGAAGGUUGACCUGUGAAGGCCAGAGGUCAAUACUGGACCAUGAAGACCACCACAGUUCCCACCAUGACAGUGAGGAGACCCUACCAGGGAGGGAGGAUGGUUUUAAAGUUAAUGGCUGUCCCGUAGCGAUGAGGUUGGGAAGUCCUGUCCAGGUGGAGUUGGCGGAGGAAGCCCCCAGUAGUGGCCAUGCCGAUCGAUUGGCCAAACCAAACGCAGCCAAGAAGGACUCAGUCCAGAUGGAAAAUGACCGGCUGCUAAUUGAGAAGAUCAAGAACUAUUACGAAUCGGCAGAGAUGGCCAAUGAUCAAUCCCACCUCCAACGAAGAGAGAGCAUCUCCUUCAUACCGACUGGCGUGGUGAGGGAUUCCGUCCUGUGGUUCAAUUACAAGAUGGCGCACGAGAGCAUUCAAGAGGCACCGAGCGACAAGUUUCCUGGCAGCGAUCGGCCGCCAGUCAGUGCACCAGGCAUGAGUUCAGAACCCCACUCCCAAUCGAGUGAUGGUCAGCUCCAGCCAGGCUCUGUCCGAGUGCGCCCGGUGCCCCCUGGUGGCACUGACCCGCCACUAAGCCAACAGCCCACAGAGGCCGAACCGGAGCCAGAGUUCAAAUCCUCUGCCGAAAUUCUCAGGGUUUGGCAGGAAAUGGAGAAGGCAGCUCAUUUCUGCCACAAACAUGAGUCUUGGAAUGGCUGUGGUAAAGCACUGGGCAAGAACGAGGGCCCUUCCAGCUCCCGGCAGCCAGGCUACAGUGAGCCCCUGUUAAUCCUGGAGGACUCCGACCUCAGCCCCUCCACGGAAUUCUCCGGAGCGUCAGCCGACGAGGUGAAGCGGGACCCAACGGACACGAAGCCUGAGCUGAAAGUUGGCCUGGAAGGCGAGACCAGUCCAAAUGACAAUGUGACCUACGGGCCUUGGUGUGUCGGCCAAGGCAUGCCGCUCUGUGGAGAUAUCGAUGGCUGCCUCUUCCAGAACUCCGAGAAAAUCAUCAACAAAGUCCAGUUUCUGGCCAAAAUGUACAGCCAGCGAAUCAGCAGGAAGAAAGCAGCCAUGCCGAGGAGGAUCUGGGAACUCGAGCCUGAGGCGAGAGCAGAGUACAAGCAGUGGAAGAGGAGACCGGUGAUGAAACUGACCAGGGCCCGCGAAGUCUAUCAAGAGAUAGAAAGUGACGAUGAACUUGUGGCACUACAGCAGUCAGCUCCAUAUGCACAUCUGGUCAUUCAGGAUCCAAUCCCUAUCCUCUAUGCCCAGGAAAACAUCGUCCAGCUCUCUGUUUCCAAAGCCAAGUGUGAAACCUCCAACCUCCAGCUUCACAGUGCCAGAGAAAGUUCACUGUCAAGGCAAGGGGCCAAGUCAAUGUUUCAAGCCAUCCCCCCACAGGGCACCCCCUCUCCCAUGAGCCCUCAGUCCCCCAGGGCUCCCUCUCCCGAGUCACUGCCUCUCAGGUUCGGCGCUGAGCUUCCUUCCUUCGUUCAGUUUGAUUCGAGAGCCCCUGGCUCCUCAUCUCCAAACCUGCCAUCGCCUGGAGGUGGCUCUUCGGUGACUACAGGUUUUCGAGCAGAGUCACCCACCCCAGAAAGUCUGGGGCAGGUUCUCCCAGCAUGUGGUCCUCCCCCAUCCCAGACAGGUCCCAGGACAUCAUCCCCCACCCCCAGCCCAGGGUCACCAGGUUCAUUGGGACACAUUCCAUCUACAGGGGAGCAGGUCCUGGUCUCGGAUCAGCUGGAGAGAUCGCCACCGACAGGCACCUUGCAAACGAGCGCACAAGCCACUCCAUCACAGGCUCCCGGUGACCCUGGGCCUCCGCCCUGUAAGCUCCCCGAGCUGAGCUCCGAUCCCGGGCUUGUGGGCGGUGUCGCUGAGGCGAAGGUGGAGAGCCCGGCCGGCCAGUUGGGUGGAGUCCUGGUGGCUCGGUCACUCUCCUGUCCUGCCUGCGGUGGGCCACGUGAGGCCGUUCUGCCCAAGCCCGGCCCCUCGCUGGCGUGUGCUGUGUCGGAGUUCUGCUGCUCACUGCCGCCUUGGGUCAGCCUGCGGGGCCGGUCACCAUCCCCCUCUGCCAUCAGGCAGCUUGAGCAGUCCUGGAAACCCCCACGAGCCACCACGCCCCUGGCCCACCCCACACACACAGCCCAGCCGCCUCCCUCCCUGGGUCCUGAGGCCAAGUUGCCUUGCCUCACGCACUCCCGGGGGCUGGCGUGCUCCCCCGGCUCUGAGGGCCGGUCCGUAAUCCCGGGGGACGGUGUGGGGAGCCAGCCCAUUUCGCUGGGCCUUCAGCGGCGAUCGCCCUCACCCUUUCGACGCCAGCAGAGGCACGCCCCGUGGGUGCAGGACACAGCAGGCCCCAGACAGCGGCCUACCUCCUUCCAACUCUGUGCAACCACUGGCCCCUCGGUCCACUCCCGCUCACCCCGUGCUAGCUCUCCACCGGGGCAGGCCCCCUCCACCGAGCGGUGCGCGCCUUCCCCACCCCUUCCUGCCUCCAGUCCCCUGUUCCCAAGAGGGAGGGUCAACUCCUUACCUUCGCUCGGCAGGCCUGGGGCCUACCACCCUGACAAAGUGGAGCCGGGGCUGCUCUCGAACUCCGGCCCCAGGGUCCGCUUACCCCUGCCGCUGCCCGUUAAUUCACCGGCACCCUCCACAGCCGGCCUCUGCUCAAACCGAGACCCGCCCCUCAGGGGUUGGCGUGGGCAAGGCCCGUUCUCUGACGGCUCUCACUCCAGGUCUCAGUCUCCAGUCGGUCGGGCCCUUCCAGAGCCAGGCCAGAGGUUACGAUCCCCGUCCCCACCGCCUGCAUCCCAGACAGGGUUGCCCUCCCCACAUCACGCCGCGCCCCCGGCACAAACUGACCGAAGGACCAGGGGCCGGCAUCCCUCGGAAAACAGUGAGUUGGUGGCCUCCCCUCAGGCAAGACCGGUGCUUUGCUCACCUGCCGCCGAUCCGGAACUCUCCGUCGGCCCUCAGCCUCACAUCGGUCCCAGGCGCCCGAGCCCCAAAGACCCGGCCCGCUCCCAGGGCCUGGCCACGAGUGCCGGCCUGUCGCAGGCACCUCCAGGGGCAUCUACUGCCCACUCAGCGCCAGGUUCCCCGCCCCACAGACACUCAGUCAGGGUCCCCAGCCCCAGGGUGUGCUCCCCAGUGCCUGCCAUGCGGGUCAGCUCCACUUCCCCAGAAAGGCCCACCUCAAGGGUCCCAUCUCCAUCACCCUCCUCGCGGUCAGGGUCUCCUGUCCUGCUCUGGGCUGGUCUGCAGGGCCAGUUACCCACCUCACCCUCGCCCUCGCCCUCAGGCCCAUUGUGUCAGAGCCCCACGGUCGUGUCUGCCCUACCCACUCCCUCCAGCCCGGGGAGAUGGGCCCACCCCUCUGUCACUCAGCCAAAGGGCAACGGCUCUUCUCUUGGCAUCAGGGGAGAAUGGAGCGGCCCGUUGGCUGAGAGCGUUGGCAAAGGCUGUGCCCGGGAGAGAUUGGACCACGAGGAGCAUCCUGGCCGACAGCCUGAGGCUGGAGGUUUCAUUGGUAAUCCAUCAUCUGAGGAGCUGGAUAUGGCCAUCGCUGGCCCUCAGUCGGUGCCCGCCACAGGAGGUUCUCCAUGUUGCUGGCAGACUGAGCGAGAGGAGGUGGAAGACGGGGAGAUGUUGACGGGAGGGGGGUCAGCUCGCCGUCCGAGUGCCAACCCUGCCAGCAUUCAGGUGGAGUGGUGCAACAUUCCGAGGCCUGGCAGGAGCAUGAGUGAGAAAGGGAACAUGAAGACCAGCUAUUCCACCACAGUGAACCUACAGAUCGGAGGCACUGGGAAGAGAGCGACUUUCAGCAGAGCUCAGGUCAGUUUAACCCAGAUGUUCCUUCCAGCAGCUGGGCAAUCGGUCAGGAAGGUCAGCAGCAGCAAUGGAAUGACACAGACAACGUGAUCACAAACAAGGCUGACGGCAAAGCUACAAACUGCCAAAGAACCUCAGUUUUAUCCCUGACAGUAUGCUGCGAAGAGCAGGCACAGACACACACUCUCACACACACUCACUCACACUCAUUCACACACACACUCUCUCACACACACACACAAACUCUCACACACACACACACACACUCUCACACACACACAAACUCUCUCACACACACACACACUCUCUCACACACACACACAAACUCUCUCUCACACACACACACACACACACACACACACUCUCACAUACACUCACUCACUCAUUCACACACACACACACACACAGACGCACACACACACUCUCUCACACACACACUCACACACACACACACACACACACACACACACACUCACUCACACUCAUUCACACACACUCUCACACACACACAAAGACUGUGACCAGAACCAGACAGACCGCUGCUUUCUGGAAACGAGUUGGCAAAGAAUUGAAAUGGCGAACGUUGACUUUGAGAAUGUGGGAAUUGCUGGAAGAUGAAGAGCACAGCCCACAGGAGACAUUGGGAUGGGACUCUCUGGCUGUGGGGCGGGGAGGGUGCUGGGUGCAGUAAAAGAAAAUGAGCAUUCUGUAGGGGGGUAUCUGAGCAGCCGAGCCAGGUGGCAUACACAUGACAGAUAGGUGGGGUAGGGCCAGAGGAAGGGUGUUUCUGAUUCAAAGGUCCAAGUCGAUUCACAGGCAGAUUUGUAGCACAGAGAAGGUUUUUUUUAAUGGAGGGGGGCCUUGAAAGCAAGGAGGAAAGUCCAAUACAGAUUAUUGUAAGAGCAUAGAAAUCUGCAACUCCCUGCCCAGAAACAGUAGCAAUUUGGAACUUUCGAGACUGAGAUUGACAGGUUCUGUUUUCCAAUUGGAUUAAUUUACCAAAGGAAACAGAGCAAAAGCAGGGAAACUGAACUGAUAUUUAGAUCAAACAUGUUCCAUGAUGUGGAGGUCCCAGUUUUGGACUGGAGGUGGAUAAGGUCAGGAGUCACACAGACACCAAGUUAUCAUCCAAGCUUUUGGAGCACUGUGAUUUCAAAUAAACCCGUCAGAUAUAACCCGUUGUCAUGUGACUUCUGACCAUGAUCUAAUUCAAAAUCACAGUAGACUCGAGGGGCUGAAUGGCCUCUUGCUGUUUGUAGAUUUUUCUAAGGACAGCUGGCUCAGAUGCCAGAUAAGGUCACGUUUCACUCCAGGGGAAUUCAGGGCUGUCUCGAGAUGGUGAUGUAGUUGAUAGAAACUGUUUGCGGAAGUCUGAGAUGGGCUGUUGUGGGACGAGUCCGGAGAACUGAGUUCUGCCCUUAGACCCAGGGGAUUUAGACGCUGCCCAGUGUUGUUUGUAGAGCACAGCAAGAGUUUAUUACUGCGCCACUCAGUGGGAGGCAGCUGGGAUCUGUUAGAAUCUUUUUCCAUGACCUUCCAUUUGGGAGACCGGGAUCCCGAAUUGGUUCUGAUGGGGUCACGUGCCGAACCCCAGCACCCUCACCAUUUCUGGUCAACUUGUUUCCACUCUGUAUAGUAGUUCCCACGUGAGCUGGGUACACACAAAUAGAUCUGACAGGAAAUUCCAACCCACUCCCCCCCACUUCCAUUCCUCAUCCUUAAUCCAAGGAACACUGUCCAAGUGAGAUUUCAGGGAUACAAUGGGACUUAGCUCCCGUCAUUGACAGAGGUGAGUGAGUCAGAGAGGGAGGAUGGUAAUAGAGGUGACAAUGAGGAGGAGGCUUGAAGGGGGUGGAGACAAUUGUUGAUACAAAUGAAUAGCGUUGUAUUAGCUCCUUGAGUGUAAAUGGAAGGAUAACUGGCUGGGACCUGGCCUGUACCCCACACACACGAGCUACAGUCAAAUACAUUACAGAAUUAAUUCAAAAUGUUCCUAUUUAUCCGUGAAGCUGGCUAAAAUAAGCACAAUGUCUUGGAUUCAACAUGAGCAACAGCCAAGUCUCAGAGAGCAACAUUCCCUUGAAUCUGAGAGAAGGCACUUAGCAUUUUGACUUGCACUGUACACCCUUAAGGCUAUAAUCGUGGGUGUGUGUGUGUGUGUGUGUGUGUGUGUGUGUGUGUGUGUGUGUGUGUGUGUGUGUGUGUGUGUGUGUGUGUGUGUGUGUGUGUGUGCGCAUGUGUGUGUUUAUGUGUAUGAGUGUGUGUAUGACUGUGUGCAUGCAUGUGUGACUGUGCAUGUAUGACUGUGUGUGAUGACUCUGUGUAUGUGUGUGUGUGUGUAUGUGUAUGUGUGUGACUGUGUGUGUGUCUGCGCGCUCGUGUUUGUGUGUGGGCAUGCAUGUGUCUGAGCGUGUGUGUGUGUGUGUGUGUGUGUGCAAGUGCGUGCAUGUGUGUGUUUUUUCUAAUACCUAUGAGAGGCCUAGUUUUUAUUUUUGUUAAUUGCAAAGUGCCGUCUUUAAUAUGUAUCAUUAUUUGUCACGAACUCUUUAUGAAAAAGAAAAGGCACAGUUCUGUAAAUAUCACACCAAAAUAAUGUGCCGUAUCAGUCCUGUUGUUCUGAAAUUCAUUUUGUCUUUUCAAUUUAUAAGACCUUUGUUGAA